UAGCGAAAUUCAGUUCAACAAAAUUAUUAUUACUAUUAUAACAUAAGAAGAAUCUGUUAUUCUCGUUGAUUCUGAAAACUCCAAAUUAUAUUUUCACGUCGCUAUGUAUAAUAAAUCCUUAAUAUUUGAUCCUUUUCGAACCCUUUAUAUAUAUAUUUAGUGAGAUUGUUUUUAAUAGAUCUGUGCUUUUUGAAUUGUGCACGCAGUGGAACCUUCAGUGCACCGAACUAGUUCAUCGUUAAAUAGAUCUGUUUACUAACCCUAGAAUUUCCAAAAAAAAAAAAAGGAAUCAAAAUCGAUUCCUUAUGGCGGAAGGAAGAUCAAAAUUGUUAUUUUUGUUAUGCAUUUUAUCGUCAUCGUUAAUUAUUUCCAUUGCAGCGAAGAGUUAUUAUGACAUAUUACAAGUUCCGAAAGGUGCUUCGGAUGAACAGAUCAAACGAGCUUAUAGGAAGCUUGCGUUGAAGUAUCAUCCUGAUAAAAAUCAAGGAAAUGAGGAAGCUAAUAAGAAAUUUGCAGAAAUUAGUAACGCUUAUGAAGUGCUUUCGGAUGGUGACAAGAGGAAUAUAUACGACCGGUAUGGAGAAGAAGGUCUUAAACAGCAUGCUGCUAGUGGAGGCAGAGGUUCAGGAAUGAAUAUGCAAGACAUAUUUAGCCAGUUUUUCGGCGGAGGCACAAUGGAAGAAGAAGAAGAGAAAAUUGUUAAAGGAGAUGAUGUGAUUGUUGAUUUGGAUGCAACAUUGGAAGAUUUAUACAUGGGAGGUUCCUUGAAGGUUUGGAGAGAGAAAAAUAUUUUGAAGCCAGCCCCUGGUAAGAGGCGUUGCAACUGCCGCAAUGAGGUUUAUCACCGGCAAAUUGGUCCAGGAAUGUUCCAGCAGAUGACAGAGCAGGUCUGUGACCAAUGCCCCAAUGUGAAGUUUGAAAGGGAGGGCUAUCACAUUACUGUGGAUAUUGAGAAAGGAAUGCAAGAUGGACAAGAAGUAGUAUUUUAUGAAGAUGGUGAGCCUAAGAUAGAUGGUGAACCUGGAGACCUGAAGUUCCGUAUUCGCACCGCUCCGCAUGAUCGAUUCAAGAGGGAAGGAAAUGACCUACAUACAACUGUUACUAUUACUCUGGCGCAAGCACUGGUUGGUUUCAACAAGACCGUUAAGCAUCUCGACGACCAUUUGGUAGAUAUUAGCACAAAUGGGAUCACCGAGCCAAAGAAAGUGAGGAAGUUCAAAGGCGAAGGGAUGCCACUGCAUUUCAAUAACAAGAAGGGUGAUUUAUAUGUUAAAUUUGAGGUUCUUUUCCCUACAUCAUUAACAGAAGACCAGAAGAAAAAGGUCAAGGAAAUUCUUGUUUAGGAUAUACUAAUGUCUUUUCAAUCCUUAGAACUUUUUUGUUCCAUAUUUUCACAAACAUCGCGUCAAUGUGUCGAACCUUACUGUAAUCUUACAAGGCGUUCUCAUCGUCAAAUUUUCCGAGCCCUUGAAGUCCUAUUAAUUUUUUGUUACCAACAUCAUUUGAGAUGUAGUUUUACAGGCCAUUUGAACUGACUAACAAGGAUAUGAUUGAGCAGAUUUGAGAACUUUAUAUUGUAUUGGACAAUUACUGCAGAUUAGAUAUUUGCUAGCA